CUUCAUUUUUUAACCACUUUCUCUGUAAACCUCAGUGGUGGAGGCUCGUCCUGCGUGCAUUUGAAGAAUUUUACUCCCCUCGUCUUCCGAAAUAACAUCUAAAAAUGUCGGAGGCUGAUAAGCAGUCCUUCCAAAACAGUAACUUGCAUCUAGUGGAUGCAGACAAAUCUUCCAAAGAUGAACCAGAGGGAGAUGAGAAUCCAGAACGUGGUAACUGGGGGAGCCAGGUAGAAUUCAUUCUAUCUUGCGUUGGUUAUGCAGUUGGUUUGGGUAAUGUGUGGAGAUUCCCCUAUCUGUGUUACCGAAAUGGCGGGGGUGCCUUUCUUAUUCCUUAUUCCAUUAUGUUGGCAUUUGCGGGAUUGCCGAUCUUUUUUCUUGAGCUGUCUUUUGGUCAGUAUAGCAGUAGAGGUCCAAUAGAAGUAUGGAACGCAGUUCCCAUGAUGAAAGGUGUAGGGAUCGGCAUGAUGUGUGUAUCUGCGUACGUUGGCAUAUCGUACAACGUUAUUAUCACCUAUGCAAUCUAUUACACAUUUGCUUCGUUUACAAAGACUCUGCCGUGGAUUGGCUGUGAUCAUGAUUGGAAUACAGACCUGUGUUCUACAUUGGCAGAGGACUGUCUUAGUAAGAAUGGAAUCAUCAAUGACACAAAUCACUGUGUAUACAUCAGUAACCUAACAGAGUCUGAAUUAAGUUACUACAAUGUCUCACUACCAGACAACACUGAGCUGUAUACUGACCCAUUCGAGGAUCAAAGGGUUCGUCCAAGUGAAGAAUAUUGGCUUCAUGGUGUACUACAAAGAACUGACAGUAUUACUGAAACGGGGUCAAUAGUUUGGCAACUAGCUCUCUGUCUGCUGUUAGCAUGGAUUAUUAUAUUCUGCUGUUUAUUUAAAGGAGUAAAAUCAUCAGGAAAGGUUGUCUACUUCACAGCAACAUUCCCGUACGUAGUACUCUUAAUUCUUUUGAUCCGUGGUGUGACACUGCCAGGCUCUGAAGACGGGAUUAAGUUUUUUAUCACACCUGUAUGGGCAACUUUGAGCGAACCACAGGUAUGGUUGGAUGCUGCCGUUCAGAUAUUCUACUCAUUGAGUGCUUCUUGGGGAGGUCUGAUCACUUUAUCAUCCUAUAAUAGGUUCCAUAAUAAUUGUUACAGAGAUUCUUUGAUUGUGGCAUUGUUGAAUUGCUGCACCAGUGUUUUUGCUGGAUUUGUCAUAUUCUCAAUUAUUGGCUUUAUGGCACAUGAACUUGGCAAGCCGGUGGGAGAAGUGGUCGACCAAGGUUUUGGUCUGGCAUUUAUUGCAUACCCUGAAGCAGUAGCACUCCUUCCAGUGUCUCCACUUUGGUCAUUCUUAUUUUUCUUCAUGCUCAUCACUCUCGGUUUGGACAGUCAAUUUACUAUAAUGGAGACGGUAUCUACUGCUAUAGUGGAUGCUUUUCCAAACCAGCUUACAAAGCGCAAGACUUUCAUUGUACUGUUAAUGUGUAUUGCUGGAUAUCUUCUUGGUUUAACAUGUGUUACGCAGGCUGGAUUCUAUUGGGUGGAAUUGUUAGAUUCCUACGCUGCUAGUUUUGCACUCUUACUCUUUGCUGUAUGCGAGUGCAUCAGUAUUGGAUGGAUUUACGGUGUCAAGAGGUUCCAGAAUGACAUCCGAACUAUGAUCGGUUCCAGCUAUGUUGACUUUCCACUCUUCAUGUGGUGGCCACUUAAUUGGUGUGCAAUUACUCCUGGUAUACUAACCUUUGUCUUGAUGUUUAAUUGGAUUAACUGGGAUGAGCCUGAUGUAGGUGAACAGGCUGUGUGGGCCUCGGCAAUCGGUUGGUGCAUAAUUAUCUCUUCAAUCAUGUGGAUUCCUAUUAUGUGGGGUUACGAGUUUGUCAAAAAUGAUGGCGGAUUGGCUGAGCGCUGGUACAAAAUGAGCUCACCAACAGAGGUGUGGGGUCCUGCUUUACAGAAAUUCCGUAAUGAAUCCUGGGAAAUGCACAGAAGAAAGGGAACAACCAUGGGAGGGAAGUUGAAAUUGCCUGAACGGAACCACGUCGCAACCAAGGAACCAGCUGUCCGAUAUAUUGCAAAACCUGGUGAAGAAGGUUAUCCUAAUAUUUAAGUACAUAUUGAUGUUGAGAAGCAAUUCUAUGGUCUACAUUGCAACUUAUAUUGGUAAACAAGACGGAAACCAUAUCUCGUGCAUUUGCAAGCUUUUGAAUCUUCAGACCCCGGCAAAAAGAUAAGAAUUGUUUCUCGUAUGUUUCAUAAGUAUUCCAUAUAAUUUGCUGUGGUCCAAAUAUAAAGUUAAAACCACCAUCCAGUAUUCAUUUUUUAUAAGCAAUGUUAAUAACUUUUUUUUUAAUAACAAUGGGAUGGAAGAGGGAAAUUGCAAAUUUUUGAAAAUGUCCAGUUAAAGAAAGAUGCUGUUGUAUUUCAUUGCACGGUGUAAUCUGAGUGGCAAGUAGUCAAAGCUGCCGUGUUACUCGUUAAAAUCAAGUUCAUUACAUACAAGCUUUUUUAUUUUGUUGUUCUGUCUGGUAAAUAUUUUAAAUACUAGUAUUAUGGUAAUUGAGUAUUUAAUGAGGAAAAUAGUGUGAACAAUUGUUUUUACAAUGCGUCUCGGUGUAUAACAGCAGCAGUCUUCACUGUAUUACCAUAUAGAUGUAUUGAUUCAAAAUUGUGAUUUUAAUCUUUCCCAUAGUUAGUUUUUAAUUAUAAACAGUUGAAAUCAUCUAUUCCUUGAAAAAAAAAUGUUUUUUCCUGUUUUUGUACCUGUAUUACUUUUAGUGAAAUCAACAUUGCAAAUUAAUAGCUAUUUACAGGCUUUGUGGCUGGUUCUUGGAAUAUUCAAUCCGAAAUUUUGUUAGUUCAGAUACCUUGAGUUGAAAAUAGGAAUCGUCGUUGCAAGUGAAUUAGCUAUUUAGUCAUUCUUGCAUUGUCCAAUCAGAAAACUAAAUUCUUCUUCAGUGUGAGCCAUGCCAAAUGAAUGCAAUUAGUGUCUUGCAUGUGAAGCUGUUUUCCGUCACACAAACCCCCUCUAUGCAUUUUAAUAAUUAUUGAAAGUGAACUUUGUCACUGCAGCUUUUACUUGUGUUUAUUUUAGUAUUCUUUCAUUAUUUUGAUAUUAAAUAUUAACAUUGAUUGUGGACUCAGUCAUGUACAGGAAUUCUUCGGUUAAAAUAAUUAAUAAAUUAAUUUUAAUUUUUUUUAUGGUGCAUUAAUAUGUAUAAAUUGCUGGUUUUGUAACUAGAUUUCCAUUUUGAAGUCUUCCAUUAAGUUUGUAGUUUUCGUGUAUGAUUAUUUAGCUGUUGCUUUCAGUCUACUGUACAAAUUAGAUUUUCACUUUAAUUGUUAAGGUAGAAGACUACUCAUGAUUUCAAAUACCCAGAAUUUAUUCAUUUUUAAUAAAUUGUACUUCCGGGAAAUAUAAGGAUAUUGACUUUAAAAAAGUUGGCGGUCACCAGAUUAAUUUUUGAGAAAAUCAUAGUUGUAUUUUGGUGGAUAGUGGGCAUGUUGACUGUAUUAUAGUGAUGUUACCAUAGGUUCCUAUGGCAGAGAUAUUAUGCCAUAUCUCAAAUUGUAGGCUGGUGACAUAGGCUGAAAAAAUAAUAUAUUGUUAAUGAUGGGAUACUUUUUUGUUUUUCUGAUUUUAUUUUUUUUUAAAUCUGGGUUUAAAAAAAGUCAAAAAAUGCAAUUUUUGUUUGACAUUGUGCUCUAUGGAAUUGUUCUAAACAGUGAUUUUUGAAAAAUAUUAGGACAAGUUUCUUAAAAUACAUCACUGUAACACACAAAAGAAUGCUAUUUUAUGGUGCCAUGGUACAAUAGUUUCACGAUUUUACAUAAUAGACCAAUGAACAUUGUCAUGCGAUUUAUGACCAACUUUCUCAAAAAUGAUGGGUAGGCUUCUACCAUAAAACCAACAAUUAUUUGUUGGGAGACGAGUGUAUUUAUGUCAGAUGUGUCUUGGGUUUAUGGAUGAGCCCAUUCUGACUUUUGAUGAGUGCUUCCAUUGUAUGUCUGGAAUAGUGCAGUGAAAUUACUCAACCUGUUUCGUUUCUGACAGACGGUUCAGAAAAGUAGUGUAAUUUCACAAUUCAAUCUUUUGAAAGCUUCACAAGAGAAUUGUAUUUGAAAUAGAUUACUGAUACAAACAUUGUCCAUGUAUUCUUAGGUGUCUUGUGACAACAUAAUCCCAUCAGACACUCCUUACAUAUAGCAAUAGUCUUCAGUCUACCACUGCAGAAAUUAAAAUUUAAAAAAUUUUCCCAUAAUAUAAUGUACAAUAAUAUGCUGAAAUUAUUUUUCUACAUAAUUUUAUUCUUGUAUUGUGACAACCAGUUUGUAAAUUUUUAAUUGUAUGUAGUGCCUAAAAUAAUAAAAACAAACUAACUAUAA